GAUUGUUCUGAAGAAGUUCUGAAAUAAGAUGCGCCUGACGGCAGACAGCGUUCUCUGCCUCUGCAGAGCAAAAUUCAAGCAUCAGGUGGAAUUGUGGGAGGUUGGCUGGCCUCCCCCUCCAAAACCCAAAGUGUUAUUUUCUCACUUUCUUUCCACCAGCCUCCGUCCACCCCCCUCCUCUUUCCACUCCCAUAAAGUCCAGAAGAGUCCAGCGAGUUGAAGAUGAAGAUCGUUUGCAGAGACUGAUGGCUUCCUAGUCGCAAACUCAAGCCCUCAAACGUCAUGGCGCGGAAAGAGGCUGCGCGCCAUGUCGUCUUUGUCCUGCUGGUCGCCGCCGUACGCUGUCAAGUUAACCCAGAAAUGUGUCGCUAUCCUCUGGGUAUGACUGGUGGGCAGAUUCAGGAUGAGGACAUCUCCGCUUCCAGUCAGUGGUCUGAGUCAACUGCUGCAAAAUUUGGGAGGCUCGAUUCGGACAACGGUGACGGCGACGGGGCCUGGUGUCCUGACGUUUUAGCCGAAUCUGACGGGCUUAAAGAAUACCUCCAGGUGGACCUCCGCUCGCUGCAUUUCCUCACGCUGGUGGGCACGCAAGGGCGCCACGCUGACGGCAUGGGGAAUGAAUUUGCCCAGCGAUAUAGGAUCAAGUACAGUCGCGAUGGCAUUGAUUGGCUGGGAUGGAGUGAUCGGAAGGGGCGACAGGUCAUUGAGGGCAACAGGAACGCAUACGAUGUGGUGCUGAAGGAUCUGGAACCUCCCAUCAUCGCUCGAUACGUGCGCUUCAUGCCAGUGACCGACCACUCUUUGAUAGCGUGCAUGAGAGUUGAGCUCUACGGUUGCGAAUGGCUCGAUGGUCUGAUGUCUUACACCAUCCCAGAGGGGCACCAAAUGCUCUAUCGAGGCCUGGAUGUCUACUUCAAUGACUCGGCGUAUGACGGAGCAGCAGCGGAAAAAAUGAGCAAGGGUCUGGGCCAGCUGACGGACGGAACUUGGGGUCUGGACGAUUUUCUCCACAGUCACAUCCACGGCAUGUGGCCGGGGUACGACUACGUGGGCUGGAGCAACAGGAGCUGGCCCAAAGGUUACGUGGAAAUGACUUUUCAGUUCGACCGCAUCCGAAACUUCACUUCCGUCAAGGUUCACUGCAAUAACAUGUUCAGCCGAGGGGUCCGGAUGUUCAGACAGGCCACCUGUUAUUUCCGCUCGGGCUCCGACUGGGAGUCUGAGCCCAUGACCUUCAGGCCUCCCGUCGACAAUGUGAGCCAAAGCGCCCGUUUUGUCACCGUGCCCCUCGGGGACCGCACCGCCGUGGCCAUCAAAUGCCGUUUUCACUUCAGUGACCUCUGGAUGCUGUUGAGCGAAGUGGCCUUCCAGUCAGGUGCAACGACAUCAUGUCUUUCUGUCCAUUCCUUCUUUUUUUUUUUUUUUUUUUCUUUGCGGCUGGUGAUGCUGUCGCCUCCAUCUUCAUCUUCUCCCCCGACAGGCUCAGCGGUGUACAACACAUCUUUGACUCCCCGGAAGCAUGGGCAUCCAACUAACACACUACCGGGGGACGACCCAACUCACAAAGUGGAUGACAGCAAUACAAGGAUCCUGAUUGGCUGCUUGGUGGCCAUUAUCGCGAUCCUUUUGACCAUCAUCGUUAUCAUCUUGUGGCGGCAGGUGUGGAAAAACAUGCUUGAGAAGGCAUCGCGGCGAAUCCUCGAUGAGGAACUCACGGCACGUCUCGCGGUUCAGACGAGGGCCUUUUCCUUCCAGCACUCAUCCACGUCCUCUUCUGUCUCCACCUCCAACUCCACCUAUGAGAGGAUCUUCCCGCUUUGCUCCGACUACCAGGAGCCUUCCCGUCUCAUCCGGAGACUGCCCGAGUUUGCGCAUUUCGCCGAGCACCUGGGUUGCAUUGAUUCCUUGCGCGCGUCAGGACCGAGCAGCUCCUACGGGGUUCUCGCAGCGGCCGGCGCUUCGGACGGCGCCCCCCACUAUGCAGAGGCGGACAUUAUCAGUCUGCAGGGGUCCGGCAGCAACAGCCGAUCCAUCACGGCUGUCAGCCUCCAUCUCCUCGCCGGCGGUGGCGGGGACGCGGACGCGGCGGCCUCCGUGAAAGAGUUCCCCCGAGACAAGCUCACAUUCAAAGAGAAACUGGGAGAGGGGCAGUUUGGAGAGGUGCACUUGUGCGAAGCAGAAGGCAUGCGGGCCUUUUUAGACGGCGAGUCGUCCGGAGAAGGGUCAAACCAAGCACCCCUACUUGUAGCUGUUAAAACGCUGCGAGAAGAUGCCAACAGGAACGCAAGGAACGAUUUCCUGGAGGAGAUCCGAAUCAUGUCUCGCCUGAUGGACCCCAACAUUGUCCGCCUGCUGGCCGUAUGCGUGGACACCGAGCCUCUUUGUAUGAUCACCGAGUACAUGGAGAACGGAGACCUCAACCAGUUCCUCCGACUAAAAGAGGAAGGUCGGGAGGAGAAAGCAGACGAGAGGAUGGUCAGCUACAGCAAACUGAUAGACAUGGCCGUGCAGAUAGCCUCCGGUAUGAAGUACUUGAACUCUCUCAACUUUGUCCAUCGUGACCUGGCCACACGAAACUGUUUGGUGGGGAAGAACUACACCAUCAAGAUUGCCGAUUUCGGCAUGAGUCGCAACCUCUACCGCGGGGACUACUACCGGAUCCAGGGCCGAGCUGUACUGCCAAUCCGCUGGAUGUCUUGGGAGAGCAUUCUGCUGGGCAAAUUCACCAUGGCUAGCGACGUGUGGGCUUUCGGGGUGACUUUGUGGGAAAUCUUGACUCUUUGCAAGAAGCAGCCUUACGCCCACCUCUCUGAUGAGCAGGUGAUUGAGAACACGGGCGAGUUCUUCAGGGACCAUGGCAAACAGGUCUAUCUGCCACAGCCACCUUGUUGUCCCGACGGCCUGUAUCAUGACCUGAUGUUGACUUGCUGGAGGAGAAAUGCCAAACAGAGGCCGAGCUUUCAGGACAUACACAGUCAGUUGGUGGAGCACUUGGCAUAAAAGAUGUCCGUUUUGUCUGCGAAGCACAACUUGCAGGGUCUGCUUUGUGCAAAUGUUGAGUGACAAUCAACCCUGCAAAUGUUAACCAGUUGUUUUGAGCUAGUUGGUGACCAUGGGACUGUGUAUUUUAUAAAUUGGCAACUGAAUAUACCUUUCGAUAUACUGUUCUCAUAUUAAAUUACUCAAUGUAUUUAUUAUUUUGUACUUUGGUGUCUUUAUAGGUUAGUGUUAUUAUGAUGGGGGUUGAAAGUAUUUGUCGAGCUUUUAUAAUGUAUUUUCAUGAAUCAUAUUCUGUAUAAUCUUUUACUAAUUUGUUGCUGUAUAGAAAUAAAUGAAGGUGUAAAAUAUAAAUUGUCUAAUAAUGAAGCGACAUUCUGACCUGCUUGAUAAAAUAGCUCUUUUAGUUGGUCAAGGCGACUAUAUUAGAUAGAAACAAACAUUCGUAAAAGGUGUGGAUUUAAACAUUUGAAAUAAAGUGAUUUUC